AUGAGUCAGGAAUACUCCCCAGGCGAAGGCUCCUCGAGGGCUAGCUCGUCUCGGUUCGCAGGCGAGGAUGAAGAACGCAGUCCUUUUUCGCCCCAACCCCCACCGGCUUACAUGACUGUCGGCAGCGGUUCGACCUCGGCGAGUGCCACAGCGCUAAUGACGUCCCUGAAUAAUGAUUCCGGGUACGGCGGUAGCAUUGCCGGUGACAGUGCUGCCGAUAUCGAUGGAAGCGCAGCUUGGCGCGCUGGACUGUUGGAGGACCGACCGACUCCAGUUCACACCCCGACGCGCGCCGGCGAAUGGAAUCCUGCAGCCGAACAUGAGAAACAAAUCGUCGCAAACCAUGUCCACCAACUGUUGUACAACUCGAAUCGGACUAAACUUGGUCGCGCAAUCUCUCGGACGAUCGAAACAUUGAAGGAGCUCCAGGAUAUGAAUCGCCAAUGGCCUGCCCACUAUCCAUCCGUGCAGAAUGCUCCUCAGUCACCUUCGGAUCGGCCGCACCUUUCGCACACAUAUUCAGAAUUCGGACAGGAGGGUAGCAGUCCGAACACUCCGCCUCGGCCGGAACUUAGACGCGCAGCAACCAUGACCGGAGGAGACGACUUGGGAGAAUCUAGCGUGGCUGCUGAACGCCGUCUGCCCGUCGGACCUCGAUUGAUGACCCCUCAGAUCGCCCAGGAAUUCUCAAUCUUGAAGCUGGAUCUGAAGUUGGGCGCGCUGUCUCAGGCCGAACUUGUACACUCUUUGGAAAAGGCUUCGAUUGCCUCGUUGCUUGAUGGAAAGAUCAGUCAAAGCAUUAAGCACCUUCUUUCCCUACGAGACCGGAUUGAAGACACAUCAAGCAAGGUGCUGGUUACUGGAGAUUUGAACGCCGGCAAAUCGACAUUCUGUAAUGCCCUUUUGCGACGAAAGGUCUUGCCAGAGGACCAGCAGCCCUGCACCAGCAUUUUCUGCGAAGUUCUCGAUGCUCGCGAGAAUGGCGGGAUUGAGGAAGUGCACGCUGUGCAUAAGGACACGCAGUACAACCGCAAUGACGAGAGCACAUACGAUGUCUUCCCUCUUGUGGAACUCGAAAAUAUCGUCAUUGACAAUUCCAAGUACAUGCAGUGCAAGGUCUACGUGAAGGAUGUACGAUCUAUCGACGAAUCUUUGCUGAACAACGGUGUUGUGGACAUUGCUUUGAUUGACGCUCCGGGCUUGAACUCUGACUCGCUCAAGACAACGGCUGUUUUCGCUCGACAGGAAGAGAUCGAUGUCGUUGUUUUCGUGGUGUCCGCUGCUAACCACUUCACUCUUUCGGCAAAGGAGUUCAUUCUCAAUGCCGCUCACGAGAAGGCCUACAUUUUCAUGGUGGUAAACGGCUUCGAUCAGAUUCGCGACAAACAACGGUGCGAGCGCAUGAUUCUUGAUCAAGUAGGCAAACUCAGCCCUCGCACGUACAAGGAGGCCGCUGAGUUGGUCCACUUUGUGUCCAGUAAUGCGAUCCCUGUUACCCCACCAGGGUCUAUCUCCGGCUCGGGCAAUGGUGGUGGCGGUGGUGGCGGUGAUCCCCACGAUGAUGACAACGACAAUGACUCGAAAAAUAAGGGAAAGGGCAAGGAGAAGGAGAAGAUUCAAGACUUCGAGAACCUUGAAGGUGCCCUCCGCCGCUUCGUCCUUGAGAAGAGGUCACGGUCGAAGCUUGCCCCCGCUCGCACCUAUCUGCUUAACCUUCUGGCCGAUCUCAACUCCUUAGCUACUGUGAACCGUGACGUUGCUCAGUCUGAACUUAAGCGCGUUACGGAUGAGCUGGCAGAGCUUGAACCUGCUUAUGAGAAUGGCAAGAAGCAGAAGGCCGAAUUGGCCGAGGAUGUCAACAAAGCCAUUGAUGAUUCCUGCGACGAUGUCUACAACCACACGCGAACAACUUUGACCAAUACUAUUGCCCGAGUUUCUGACGCUGACCUCGGAGUCGACUAUCCCGGCAUCUUUUCGGCAUUCCAGUAUGCAGAGGAUUUGAAGCACGCUAUGCUAGAUCAAAUCUCAUUGGCCGUCAAUGGCUGUGAGGAUUACGCUCGUGAAAAGACCGUUCAGGGAGUUGGUUUCAUUCAGAACAUCGGUCUGUUGCAUGUUGGCGAGGACAAGUUCUCUCCACUUAACUUCCGGGCCGAUCUGAUGUUCCGUCGUGGCCGCCGUCAUACGUUGGCUCGACAGGUUGAUACCGAGGUGGAACUCUGGGACUUCUUUGACGUUGCCGGUCUUUGGGAGCGCCAAGAGAAGAUGGCCGGAACUGGCGUUGCAAUGACUGCAGUCACAGUUCUUGGUAGCAGAGCUUUGGGUGGCUUCAGCUGGAUGGACAGCGCAUUGAGCGCCGCUAAGGUCCUUGGCCCGAACAACUUGCGCCGACUGUUCUUCCCUGGUGUUCUAGCUGCUGCUGUCCUGGCUACUGCAUACGUCCUGUCUACUAUCCCGACAACCUUGCCUCCCCGUCUAUCCAAGAAGAUUGCAGCAACACUUUCCGAGAUGGAUUACGUUCACUCCAAUGCCAAUCGCAUCUCGACUGAGGUUCGACGCAUCCUUCGCCUGCCUGCCAACAACCUGCAAACAUGCCUGGCUCAGGACAUCGAGGACCUCGGUCGACGCAAGCUGGAAGUCGGAAAGGUCAAGCAAGAAAGCGAGGUUGCCACCAAGUACUUUGCCAAUCUCUUCCGCGAGAGUGGAGAAAACCGCCGCUCCGUGGAAGGCCUCGAUCUGGACGGCCCCUUACCCGGCGCCAUGGGUGCCUUUGACCCAUAA